AUGGACGGCGGCCUGGACGACGAGUGGGAGGACGCAACCUUCAUCGCCGAGCUGAUCCGCACGGCGGAUGAGGCCGUCGCCUCCCGCAACCCUAACCCCACUCCCACCCCCACACCCGCGCCCGCUCCCAUCCCCACGUAUGGCCCCUUCGCCGCCACCCCCGUCUCCUACCUCCCCGCCUCUUCGGCCUCCUACCUCCCCGCCGCUUCGCACCCUUCCCCACCGCUCCACUUCUCCCCUCCGCGGGAGCUCUCCCAGCGGCCGCCGCUCCCGCCGCCGACCGUCGCCGCCAGCGCCAGGGAUGCGCGCGGCUUCUCCCCUCCGCGCGAGCUCUCCCAGCGCCAGGCGCCCAAGGAGGGCAGCCUCGCGAUCGUCGCGGCGUCGGGCUCCGCUGGCGACCACUGCUUCGUGGGCACCGGCGUGGGCGUGAAGAGGGACAGGGAAGCGAGGGAGCUCGAGAGGCUCAAGAGGGAGCUGAACCGUGUCUCGAAGCAAAUGAAUGAAUUGAAAAAUGAAUGCACCGAGCUGAGAAAGGACAGAACAAAGAAAGAUCUUCAAAUCAAAGCUAAAGAAGAGGAGAUUCAAAAUCUGAGAAAAGCUAAUGUCUCCAGCAAAGAUGUAUGCAGUGCAGGGAUGGAUAUUGAUCAGUCCUUUCACGCCCCUGCAAAUGGGGCUUUGCAUGCUGGGGGUUCUUCUAGGACAUCCACUAGGCGAACAGACAAGAUGAAUGGCAGAGAUAAGGAUGUCCAUUCCUUGCGAGAUGAUUUGUAUCUAAAGCAAGGGCAACAAACUGAUUUGCCUGAGGCCUUGGAACUGAGGCGUCGCACCAUGAUUGAUAAUGGAAUAAGUACAUCCGGAGUAGUGCCUCUGGAGGAGAAUACCCAUUUUGAACAAAGGAGCAUUACAUGCAAGGAAAUUAAGGCAAUAGGAGUACAGACAGAUAAAACAUCCGACAAUGAACAUCUUGAGUGCAAUAAAGUAUUGGUUGAGCGUAUCUCUAGUAACCUACGUGCAAUGUGGGGCAUGUCACCUAACAGUUUAUCAAGAAGGAAUUUGAUAUCAAAGAUCACUGUUUCUUGUUCAGAAGAAAUUUUGUCACUUCUCCAAUGUACUAGAUUGUCAGACAACUGUGAACCCUCUUCUGAACCAAGCUCCUCCAUGAAUGAAGCUAUUUCCCAAGUGUAUGACAUGUUCAUUAAGAUGAAUAGUGGGAAGAUAUCAAUACAAACUUUCCUUGAAGCAUUGCUAAAUCUCUGUGCUUUUGAUAAUGCUGCUAUAGUUGGUAGAACUUUGAGGGUAUUGCUCAGAGUUUUGCAGCACUUACUGCAUCAUGGAGCGAAGUCUAGUGGAAGGAACAACGUUUCUGUUGAACCAUAUGUUAACAUACACAUGGAGAACAACCACAAAGACUGUUCCACCUUGCUGAGUCCACUGGAUGCAAAAGAUUCAUUGAGACAGCAUAAUAUGUUUCUUCCUUUUACUUUAUGGAGUUCACUUUUCACUGCAAUGCUUCAAAUUGGCGUCAAGUACUCCGAAGAGACAAUUCGUACUGAUGCAUUAUCCAUAAUGAUUCUCAUUGUAAGGUCGACAGAUCCCAAAGAGGAACGCCAUAAAUUCGGAUUUACUUCUGUAAUGACGAGAUUACAUCUGCUAUUGCAGAAAGAAAACGGAUUGCUUGUUAAGAAGCAUUCUGUGCGUCUACUUUUCUUGCUUCUGAAUUGCCCAGUGAUGUUGAAGUUGCUGUGUAGUGGAGGCAAAGAUGGCUCCGAACAGAUGGAAUCGGAAGCUUGUGAAAACAAUAGAUCACAAGAAGUCAUAAGCUCAGUUCUUGCGGAUUUAUCUGAUUGUUUGACUUCUGAGGCAACUUGUUCUCUGGGGAUUGAGAUUUGCCGGCUUGUUAUCAUUCUGCUAGCUUAUAUAGCUUCCAGUGGCCAAUUGGGAUAUGAGGUGCUUUUAGGUCCAGUGAAUGCCCGUGGUGCCAGUUUUUUGGAGAUGAUAAUGGAAGUUCUUGCAUCGCAGAUGCAAUAUGAAACACAAGAGUUACUAAAAGAAAGGUGUUUGUUGAUGAGAGAAGCUCUUAUCCUCCUAAACCGGCUGGCAUCACACGCUAACUAUUCAAAACCAACUUUGGAAGUGCUGACGAGGAGCAAGUUAUGCGCAACCUUGACGAUCGACGUUGCGAACCGGUUGCCCCAGACCCGGAUGGCGAAUGAUCUCGCUGAACUAGCACAGAAAUUCAGAUCGCGAGUGUAUGCUUUCCUGGAGGAGAAACCCUUGACAAUUGUGGGUUCCAAUCUGAGUGCUUCUAACAAGAGCUGA